AUGAGCCACGAAAGCUUGGUCGUGUCAGAGCUCAAGGAGAAGCUAGCGGAAAAAGAGCGGGAGCUGAAGGCACUACGCCAGGAGUUUUCAAAGGCAGAGUCAGUGUUUCAGACCAGCCUGGCGGAUAUCUCCGUGGAUUCCUCAAACUCGGCGGUAGAGCUGGCGUCCUUAAAGGCACAGCUAGCCGUGGAGCAGUCCAAGGCCGCCAAGCUCCAGGGUGAUGCCGCUGCCAAGAGCACGGCUCUCGGGGCGAAGCUCGGGGUGGAGCAGCGCAAGGCCGAGACACUCCAGGAGCGCCUCGUGUCUGCAGCUCCCUGGCGGCAAGGCGACACGCUCAUUGUUUUGCGGUGUUUAUGGAACUUCGAUGCCAUCCCUUCGCCUGCUGAGGAAGUGAUGCAUCAGGAGCAAAUGAAUGAAAUUACAGAUUUUCUCACCGCAAAGCAGCAAGAGCUUCGUCUCUCCGACUCUGACUUGCUAGAGAUCAGUGCUGGGCGGAUCAUUUCCAGCCGCGGCCCGAACGCACCCUUGCUGAAUGUCAAGCAGUGGUAUGUAGCAGAGAUGAUGGAGCUGAAGCAUGCCCUCAACGAAGAGCAGGCCAAGGCCAGCGCGAAGACGGUUUCAACGGCGGAACGGAAGCUGGUAAAGAGUUGGUCAGACCAGCGUGCACUCGACUUACAGUGGCACGCAGAGGUGGCAGCUCGUGACGAAGAGCUCCAGGAACUUCGGAAGGAACUCUCAAAAGCGGAGUGGUGGGCAUCGCUGUCCAAGAGAUCUCCUCAGCAUCAGGAUUCUGUGAUCGUGCUAACAUGUUGGCAUAUACUGGCCCAGCCUGCAUGA